AUGACUGGCAAUACCAUCCACUCGGAGAGGACGCCUCUACUGGCCUCCCUCCCGAACAAUUCUCCUGCCCUGGAUGACAGGAGAGGAGAACCACGGUCACAUUCACAUUCUCGAGUGGUCGAAGAUGACAAGAUCUCCGGACUUCGCGGGACUCUGAUCUGCCUUUCCGUCUGGAUGCUGAUCUUCAUCUUGACCAACAACGUCUCACUCAUCACCACGAUCCAAUCCCCCAUUGCCAUAGAUCUCGGGGCAUCCACUGAAGUCAGCUGGUUUACAUCAGCCUAUCUGAUUGCCGUUACCAGCAUCACCCCCGUCGCAGGUCGACUGUGUGCUAUUUUCACUCCGAGAGUCUAUCUCCUCGCCUCCAUCGUCGUGCAGGCAUGUGGACUCUUCAUCACCUCGCAGGCCCGAUCCCUCCCGGUCUUCUUGGUCGGCCGAGCCGUGACGGGCAUGGGAAGUGCCUCCGUCACACCCGUGGCGUUCAUUCUCGUCACCGAACUGACCAGCCAGCGACGAAGAGGUUUGUUGUUCGGCUGUAUCAACACCGGUUACACGUCCGGGGUGGCCUGUGGGGCCAUCAUAGCUGGCGCUCUUGAACCACUGGUGGGAUGGCGAGCUGUCUUCGGGCUCCAAAUUCCUUUUGCCCUGUCUGCAGGAACCGUGGCAUUCUUCGCGAUUCCCAAACCGAGAGAAACCCUCCAAUCGGAUUCUGAACAAGCAUCACUAGGCAAGAAGCUUUCUCAAAUCGACUACUUCGGUGUCAUCACCAUCAUCAUGUCCGUCGUCCUUCUUCUUUACAGCUUGUCGUUACCCGAGAUUCAAAUCACUCCUAUCAUCCUAUCAUUCACAUCUCUUGUCCUUUUCGUCCUCGUGGAAGCGAACUGGGCCAAUCAACCCAUCGUCCCAGUCUCGGUUCUAAAGUCCCGAGGCAAUAUCCUCACCGGCCUAGCCACGAUCGGCGUCAUGACCGCUCGUUGGGGUAUCUUAUUCUACACUCCCACAUACGUCCUCACUCUCCGAGGCUGGUCCCAAGCGGGCGCCGGACUGACACUCAUCCCGACGAAUCUGGGCUUUGGUCUCGGCGGUCUUCUUGCCGGAUGGCUCCAUAUCCGACGGGCGGGCUCGUUCUACAUUUCCUGUCUCGUCACCUUCAUCCUGUUCUCCUUGUCCAUGUUCACCGUCUCGGGGAUAUCCACGCCCGCCUCGAACAUCUAUCUGUACAUUAUCGUCUUAUUCCUCAACGGCUUCAUCGUCGGCUCGUUGCUCAACUACUCGCUCGCCCACGUCCUACAUUUAACACUCCCGUCGUCGCACAUCAUCGUGAUUCCCUUGAACGCCAUGUUCCGCAGUCUCUCAGGAUCUUUCGGCUCGUCUGUCUCCGGCGGCCUGUUCCUCAGGACCCUGCAACAGACGCUGAAACAGGGAUUCCAAGACCGUGGAAUCACGGGCAAAGACCAAUUGAUCAGACAGUUGGUGGGCACGCCGAUUCUGGUCCAGAAACUUACAGGCGUGGAUAAAGAAGUCGCGAUGUUCGGCUAUGAGGUGGCAUUGAGGACGAUUUAUUCCGCAGGCGGCUGUUUGGCGAUCGUCAUGCUGCUGGUCCAAGCCGGUACGGGGUGGACGGCUCCGGAGGUAUUCAAAGACGAGGAGGGCGGUGUUGUUGCUGGUCGUCAUCUUGAAGAAGAAGCUGUUGGGCAGGAUGUUCUUUCCGCGGUUGUUUCGAGAGAGCCAGUUCCGAAUUGA